AUGGCAGCGCAGACAUUUCAGCAGGAGUACAUGCAAAUGCCUCCGAUAACAAGGGCAUAUACGACAGCCUGCGUUUUAACUACAUUAAAAGUGCAACUGGAUCUGGUCAGUCCGUUCCAGAUAUAUUUUAAUCCAGAAUUAAUAUUCAGACAGUAUCAGUUAUGGAGGCUAGUCACCAGUUUCCUAUAUUUCGGUCCCAUUGGGUUCAACUUGUUGUUCAACAUGAUAUUUGCCUACCGUUACUGCCGGAUGCUUGAGGAAGGUUCAUUCAGAGGGAGAACUGCUGAUUUUUUUUUUUUUUUAUGUUUUUGUUUGGCACCAUUUUUACCAUGGGUUCUGCUCGGAUUUUCAUUACUUCUGGGAAAUUCAGUCAUUAUUAAUCUUAUGGGUAUUGCAAUAGGGCAUGUGUAUUUUUUCUUGGAAGAUGUGUUUCCACAAAAACAAGGAAGAUUUAAAGUUUUAAAAACACCAGCAUUCUUAAAAUAUUUAUUAGAUCCUCCUGCCGAUCAAGAUGACUACAAUCCUCUGCCAGAAGACAAUAAUGGACUUAACAGAGGAUUUCGACACGGGCAAGAUCAAGGUGAACAGCAAGAUCAAUGA